AUGAGCGGUUUGAACCAGGAACUUACAGUCAAUUUAAAAUUGUACUUUGAGUUUCUCAAUGUCGUUGAAAAUGAUUACUUCUGGAUUCUGCGUGUUUUAAAGCUCAGGGGACAAUUCCAGGAGUAUCGAUUUGGGGAGAUAACAGCUAUGUGCUUGUUCUCUAAGUUGGUUGGAAGCAAACAACAACACAAAAUUAUCAAAGAAACAGAAAAAGAUACCGGCUACAGAGGCUCACAAGAAGUAUGA